GCUGAGAGCUUGCUUUGCUCGACCUCUCCAUCAAUGGCCUCAACCGGAGUUUCGCGUAGGUCGUCCAUCAUGGCGUCCCGGCUGAGCGCGUCGGCGGAGGCCGUGCGCGCCAGCGAGGGGAGGAAGAAGCAACAGGCCGUGGUGGCGCGACGGGUGGAGUACGACGAGGAGUCUCUGGCCGGGGAACCCCAGUACGACGUGUUCAUCAACCAUCGCGGCGCCGACACCAAGCGCACGGUGGCGCGCCUGCUCUACGACCGCCUCGCGCAGGGCGGCAUCCGCGGCUUCCUGGACAACAUGUCGAUGCGGCCGGGUGACCGGCUCAGGGACACCAUCAGGGCUGGGAUCCGCGAAUGCAGCAUCGCCGUCGCCAUCUUCUCCCCGAGCUACUGCGACUCGGAGUACUGCCUCUGGGAGCUCGCCAUGCUCGUGGAGUCACGCAAGACCAUCAUCCCCAUCUUCUACAACAUCAAGCCCUCCGACCUCGUGCUCCCCGAGGCCGUCGCCGCCUCCGAAGGCUACCUCCCAGAAGACGUCGAGCGCUACAAGUACGCGCUCCGCGAGGCCAAGAACACCGUCGGCCUCACCUACGACUCGGCCACAGGGGACAUGGCCGAGCUGGUGUCAGCGGCAGCCGACGCGGUGCUGUACAACAUAGAAAAAAUGGAGAGAGUGCAGAGGAGGGAAACGAUCGUUUCAAGGCUCUAA